UAGCAGAGAUUAGAAUAUUUUAUAUAAUUUUGAGUGAGUUUACAGAAUCUUUAUGAAUAUUGAUUUGUUAUUCUUUUUAUUGAGUUUAAAAAUUGGUGAUAAUAAUUGAAUUAUCUUUACUACCUGUUAUAAUUUUACAAUUCUGCAUAAAGAGUAUAGUAUUAAUUGUAUGAGAAUGAAAAUCAAACUAAGUAAUUAAUGAAUAAUCUUUAAGUUUCCAUAUUUAAAUAAUAUAAGAGAAACCUCCAGAACCUGAAGCUAAUAAUGAAGCAUCAUUAGAGAAGGCUAAAGUAGAAAUGGAAUCACAUUAAGCAUUAAUAAUAUGUAUACAUUUGUAAUAGAAUGUAUUCCAAAUUCUAAUAGUUUAAUCAUCACUACUAGAUGCUAAGAUCGUAUUAAUUGGUGAGAAUUAUACACACCAUAUCAUAUCAGAAUGACCUUAUAGAUCACAUAUUAAUGUAGUAUCUUCCAUAUUCCACAAUUUAAUAACACAAUCUCUACUUCCAGAUGCUAAUAUUAAUGAAUCAGGAGAAAAACAAAUAGAUGAUACAUAAUUAAGAUGACCAUCUAAUAUUUAAUGUUAUUUAGUUGCUUAAACAUUCCAUUAUCUAAUAAUUUAAUCUAAACUUGCUGUAUAUAAAAUCAAUCCAUCAGGAGAGAAUACUAAAGAUGAUAUAAAAUGAGAAUGUCC